AUGGCUUCCCCUAGCUCACAUCAAAUCAUCUCCAGCCAGGCCGUUGCCCUGGAGAGCGGCUUGUUUAGACUGAAUGGUCCACAAGAUACGCCAGUAUUCAACCCGAAGCAGCACCUCAUCUUCGAGAAGACCCCCGAUACCCUCACCAUGCAGGACAUUGGAUUUUCUUCUGACAUUGGCGUCUCUCCUGUAGCAGUAACACAAGCAUUCCCACUCUUUUCAUCCGAAGCGAUCCGGAUCAUGCGUUCAGAAAUUGCAAAAUCCGAGGUCAUUGCAAACCACACCUUCAGCAGCAACAUUGCCGCCGCUCAACUUCGAGGCUACGCUCGUGACCAUGCGCCCUUUACCUACGCUGCGUGGAACCACCCUAGCACCGUUGCCAUCAUGUCCACACUCGCGGGCAUCGACCUCAUCCCAUGGGGAGACUACGAGAUUGCACACAUCAACCUCUCCGUCAAGUCCGAAGAAGAGGCCAAUUCUGAACUUAGCGUCCACCAUGAAAGAUGUCACAAGCGUGUACACACCGACGAGGGUAUCGACAUGAGGUCUUCAGAGGGCACAGAUGUUGACAAGCCCAUUGUCGGCUGGCACACCGACUCCUACCCUUUUGUCUGCGUACUCAUGAUGUCCGACUGCACCAAUAUGGUGGGCGGCGAGACUGCACUUCGCACUGGCAACGGCGAUGUCCUUCGUGUUCGUGGGCCAACGGAGGGUAGCGCAGUGAUUCUACAGGGUCGGUACAUUACUCAUCAGGCAUUGCGUGCCCUCGGUGCAAGGGAGCGUAUCACUGCAGUCACCUCAUGGCGUCCUCGCUCGCCGUUCAUCAAGGAUGAUACAGUACUGCGGACUGUGCGUCCCGUGUCAGACUUGAAUGAGCUCUACUACGACUUUGCAGCGUACCGUCUCGAGAUCAUGGAGCAACGCAUUCGUGCUGCCCGUGACGAGAUGCGUGCUCGUCGCAUGGUUGGGCAAAAAUUUGACACGUUUGGGCACAAGGGAUUUCUCACAGAGUCGGCGACUUUCUUGCAGCAUACUGAUCAGGAGCUUGUUGAUAUGGACAAGGUCUGCAAGGGAGCGGUUGAGACGGUCGAUAUUCCUGAUGUUAUUGUGCGCGAGGAGCGGAUGGUUUCUGCGGGGAGGGGUUGUGAUGCUUGA